AUUUAUAUUCCCGAAAAAAAAAUGUCAAGUCGUGCUUUUAAACGAGCUGCAAAUAAAGAAGAUUCACUUUCUUUAAAGCAUGUAAACGAUGAUUCGGAAGAAAUUAUCAAUGAUUCUGAUCAUGAACAUCCGAAAAAGAAUUUAUUUGAUUUAUUAAAUGAAGAAAAUGAAGAGACUGAAAAUGUUGAUCAAAAUUCUGAAAAUGAAAAUAUAAAUUCAGAUAAAAAGACUAAAUCAGGAAAGAAAGUUGAAGAAAUGAAUGACUUGGAAUUGGAUUCUUUAAUUCGUGAAGUUUCUGAAAA